AGUCGAGGAUAUCAGUGUACUUUUGUCGUGCUUUAUUCCUUUUCUAUAUGUAGAGCCACGAACAGCAAGCCUCUGUCGUCAUCGCGGGCAUUUGUGGCAGAAUUGAUGUCAUAUUUUUUGCCACUACAACUCUUGAAGUGACCGCGGCUGCGCUCCCUGCCCGCACAUCUCAUGGUCUGGACAGUGGGAACGACGCUUGCGGCGUUACUCUUCGUUUGCGGGGGAGAAAUAGUGUCGGAAGUGAAGGCCAACGAGGAGCAUGCGCUCGCGUUCCACCAAGGUAGUACGUCGAGAGGGCAUACACUGGCAGAUGAAGAUCACAGUCCAGUGGCGGCGCAACGGCCCGGAGGCGAACAGUCUUCGCAGCUGCUUUCCGACCGCGUUCCUGCGCUCUCCAAGAAAGGUAGUAGCGGGGAGCAGAACGAGGGGCGGACGGAAGAUGAUGUCGUGACGCCAGCAUAUUUGGAGGACCAAACACUGCGACCGCCGCUGCUCGAGGGCGCGCAGUUUGAUACAGCGGAAGAGUUUCUGCAGAGCAAUGCUGCAGUACAGUAUGCGUUUGGAGGGUUGUCGGCUACGCGGGUCGGGACGAACGAGGAGCGACAGGAACGCCAACAGACGAGAACUCCCUCUAUCUCCCCCACCGGCGAAAACGACAUCGAAGAUCUGGGUAGAGAAUUUGUGGACCACAAGCAGCAGGAGUGGCUUCAGAUUGGAGGAUAUGCCGCAGCAAAAAAGAGAAGCAGGCCCGCGGAAGAUGCCACUGCCAUGGGAGGGCAGAAGGAGGACUUGCGACAACUUCCGAUGGAGCAGCAAAUUUUCCAGAUGCAGCAGGAGAUGGCAAUGCGCGAGGCGGAGACACAGCAGAAGAUUUCAACGCUCCGGGCGGAGAUGCAGCAGAAGAUUGCAAUGCUCGAGACGAACGCCACCGCCUGCACCAACAACGUGACCGACCUUGUGAACGCGACCACAGACAUUCGCCACGCCGGGGCGGUCGUGGAGGAGGCUAGUGGACUGCUUUUGGCGCAGAGGUUUGCUGUGUGGUGGGUGGAUUACGUUCGCGCUGUGGUGUACCUCCUUUCCGGGUUCGCGGCUUCGCUCAUUGUCGUCGCGCUGCCGGUUCGCUUGGUCUUUUUUCCCAGGGAAUACAGCCAGGAGGAGGUAGUAGAGCCGGAGGGCGGCGGGGAUCAUGUCACUCCGGAACCACAGCAGGGGGCAACCGUCGUGGCAGGUGGUGACCAAGCAGACACUCUUUCGGCCGACCGCCCGAAUCCACCGCCGGCGAAGCCGGAAAAGUACUGGCUGCUUCCCUGGGAUUUCGCCAGGAGAGGAACUUUGUCAAGUGUAUGUCAGCGAGGGGACAGCACGGAGGGCAAGAUUUUCACCACAGGUCUGGUGAUAGCCGAAAUUUGUGCACUGCUCUCGCACUACACACUGAUCUUGUACGAUCGCACCUGUUCGGGCUUUACAACCGUAGCGGAUAAUGACCUGGACAGCAUAAACACCGAGCGAUCUAUCGAUCUGGCACUUCGUGUCGUUUGGCUGAUCCUUCCGCCUGUCAUCAUGAUCAUCACGGCUGCGGUGCCGCAGAACACUUUCAGGGCGAAGGCCCCGAACGCAGCUCCGACGACGACGGCAGGAACAAAAGCAGCAGGUUCAGGAAACAGCGCCACCCGAAAUCGUGUAACGACGAUCCACGAGGACGAUACUCGGAUAUGGUCGCAGGCGCUGCAUCAAACUGUUGCGGCCGCAGUCUUGCUGCGGUUAAUUUUUGAAACGCGGCAGUUGUUCCACGAGCCUCUCGACAUUUCCGGCGUACUGUUUGGGGUGUCCUCGGAUCCGUUGGACGAGCCGACGGACCUUUUUUUCGUGAAUGUUUCCGAUCAGCGAGUCUUAUCAAAUGCAAAAAUGUCUGGGUCUGGAAGAGUACAACUUGUCAUGCUAAAUCUGAAUCAUACAAAAAUCUGUGUUGCAUGAUUGAUGGCCUCACUGUUAUGAGAAGUUAGAUCAGUUUGUAGAACCCAGUCUGUUUAUGCUAGCAGAGGGCUAGUGCGCUGUGAACCCCCAGGACCAGGCUGACUCAGUCCCGACCGAAGUGGUAGGCGCUAGGAUGAACUAUGUAUGUAGCGCUUAGGGCCCUUCCGUACGGCCAUAUGUAUGUCCCGUAACGGGGAUCGCCUAUGUCGGUCAUUUAUAUGCAAGGCGAUGGGUCACCCGGUCGGCAGAGCCGAUCCAUACGAACGAACGAAUGAUUACCAAUAAAGCUGUUCACUUUUGAGAAGGCCGAGAGGCAGUUUCUCAUGCGGAAAAGGCAUGGUAAAGAUCUCACAGAAUCUGUGAUGCUGGGGCAUGCAUCACAGACCUCACACGUGAUGCAAACCGUGCAUGACAAUCUUCCAGACCCAGACAUUUUUACAUUUGAUAAGCCUCGGUCCGAUGCAAAAGCGAGUUUCAUCGGAGUGCCUGGGCGCAGGCCUAUCGUGGCUAUUACUUGGGCCGAGUGAUAGGGAUCUUUCUCGGGUGGGCCUUUUCGCUACUAUUCCUUGCCCUAAGCAUUGCGUGCAAAUUGCAAUAUCGACACGCUGAGGACCGUUCAGCCGAAGACCGUCCGCACGCUUCGGCCUAUCUCGAAGACGUUCGUUUGGUUCCGCAAUCGGCGAGCCUGAUUCUUCCGCGGCUCGUGUUUUCGGCCGAAAUUCUUGCCAUGCUCACUGUGCAAGCGCUACCCUUCUGGCCCGUUCUUCUGAAGGUAGCCCGGCAUGGGCAAGGUGCGUCAUGGAACCCGCCGCUGACACCCCUCGACGUUUUGCUUAGAGUGUCGUUUUAGCAACUGUAAAAGUGUCUGGGUCUGGAAGAGUCAUGCUGUUUCUGCAUGACACAGAAGGUCUGGCAUGGAAGCUCUAGCAUCACAGGUCUCGAGAAGCUUUCGCAAUGCCGAACCCGCAUGACAAAUCCCCCAUUUUGGUGACAGAAAGUGAGUAGCUUUUGCUACCUAUGCAUGAGAGAUUUUCGUGUGUUCUGAAAUGCGCAUCACAGGUUACAUCCUUCCAGACCCAGACAUUUUUGCAGUUGAUACGUUUCGGCACUUGUCGUGGCGGGCGAAUCAAUCGCAAUGCGGGCAUUACUAUGAAAUGCAAAAAUGUCUGGGUCUGGAAGAAUUCAUGUUUGUCAUGCUUGUCUGGCAUGAUUCGCGAAUCUGUGUUGCAUAGGCACGAAAAGACCCUCUUACCUGUCAUGCAAAAACGCAGCUUGCCAUGCGGAAUACGUAAGACAUGGCAGCCAAAAAGUUUGUGAUGCAUAGCUGCGUAUUGCAGUCCGGCUAUCAUCCACUUUUUGCAUCACAAGUUUCCAGACCCAGACAUUUUUACAUUUGAUAAUUACUUUGAUACGGACAAGAAUUGUGGCGACUUCACAACGGACAUGCUGUGGCUUUCACAAGAACCUCCGGGCGGUUUCUAACUUCUGUGCAGGCCAUAUGAAAUUGCAAUAAGAUUUUGACUCGGAUAGCACAGACUCAGAGUAGUUUGUUGUCCCAUGACGACCUUGGACUUUUUCUUUCAUCCAGAGCUUUUCUUUUUUUGAAGGACGCUGCUCCACCGCGGC